UCCCGCGUUUUUCUUGUAGUCGGAUAUAAACUGCACACAUGCGCAUCAAAGCUACGUUGUGUUCCCGGCAUUACUGAAUUAUUUGUGAACACAAGGCUAUUUGAGCUGUGUUCCAACUUAGUCUACACAAUGGACGAAAAGGCAACAACAAUGUCGUCAACAAGACCAGCCAAGGCCAAAAAAGAUGAGGAAAUUGUUGCAGAGCCAGCAGACGUUGAGGAAGAAGAGGAAGAGGAAGAAGAAUACACAGUUGAGAAAGUGGUGGACUCCAGGAUGAAGGGAGGUCGUAAAGAGUACCUUCUGAAAUGGAAAGGUUACCCAGACUCAGAGAAUACUUGGGAACCAGAAGCAAAUUUAGAUUGUCCAGACCUUAUAGCAGAGUUUGAGGAGAAAAAGAAGAAAAAAGAUCAAGAGAAGAAAAGAAAAACUCCAAAUGGCACAGAUGAUGGUGCAGCAAAGAAGAAGAAGAAAGUCUCAGAAGUAAAAACAACAGAAGAAGAUAACAAACCAAGAGGUUUUGACAGAGGGUUGUUGCCAGAGAGAAUUAUUGGUGCCACAGACAGUUCAGGCGAACUCAUGUUUUUAAUGAAGUGGAAAGACAGUGAUGAGGCAGAUUUAGUACCAGCAAGACAAGCUAAUGUUAAAUGUCCACAAAUAGUGAUAGCUUUUUAUGAAGAACGACUCACAUGGCACACUCAUAAUGACAAUGAAGAGGAUGAAAGCAAGGAGGAUUUAUAAUCUAUCAAAAAAUAAUUUUGUCGGGGCCCAGGACAGGUUCAUUCUUUUCUUUCUUUUUUUGAUAUGGCAAGUGAUAGAGAUGGAUCUCGGACAUAUAAAUCCCAUGUUGUGUAGGAUUGACAUCUUUUUCUGAUGCAAAUAUACAUUUGAAGAUUUGCAUUUUAAGAUCAGACUCAAGAAAGACCGUCAAGUCCUGUGAGAGAUGUUGCUGGAUUCUGUAUCAGGCUAUCAGCAGCCCAUUGCCCCUUUACUUCUUAUGAUCGCAAAUUAAUUUCAUCAGCAGGCAGUCUAUUUGAUCACUCACAAUGAUUCAUGUCAUAAUCAUGGUGCUCAUCUGUCGUUUAGGGUGUCAAAAGUUUAAACAGUUUUCCAUUCGUUCACUUCGGAAGUCCAUCUGUUGCAAUCUUUGUGUAUGUAGUAAUGUUCAUUGUUGUUGUGCCAUCUCUCUUUAUCAUUUAAAUAGUGUGUGUACAACAAUUUCAUCCUUCAUUAUGACAGCAAGUUGCUUUUGUUUUUAUUGAAAAUUUUGUUGAAAACACUGUAUAAUUCAUAGAUUAAAUUUUCAAUUGUGAGAGAACGGUGGGUAUAUGAUUGUGUGUAAGAGAAAUAUAUAUAAUCAGUACUCUGUAUGCUGUUGCAAUAGAUUUUUAGAGUAUUUCUGAAUGGAAAAAAAAAAAAAACAUGUUGAUAGAUCUGUAAAACUAUCAAUCUUCUCUCAAAAUCAACCCAAAACUUUUGUUGUACAUGUAUUAAAGUUUAUCAUUUUUGACAGAAAACAAGCCAUUAGAAAUUGUUGCUGCGAGAAUACUUUUCAUUUCAUUUAUAAGAAUGUGCAGUGUUCUUACUAGAUGUAUUAUGUAUAUAUGCAAAUACUUUAAGACAUGUAUCAAUUUAAUGAAUUUAUAGUGAUCAAAAGGGUUUUAUGAAAACUUGCUGUUGUGAAAGAUGUCAGUUAGGUUUGUUGUGCUGAUGUUAUUUUACCUUCCAAAAUGAAAGCCACUUUUGUAUGUCAUAUAUGAAGUAAAAAAUGAACUAUAUAAUAAACUCAGUAUGAAUUUUUUGGAAAAAUUAUUUGGCAGGUACAUUUUUAAAUCAUAACAAAAUUGUGGUGAACUUCAUGUUAGGUUUGGAAAAGAAUUGGCAAUUUACUAUGUAUUUUUUUCGUGUCAGGUAUUUUUACGAAGUUUUAAAUAAAGAAAAUAGAAUUGUG